AGCCAAAGCACGCAGGGGAUGUUUUGCUCUAUCUGCCUUCGUGGUAUUGCAUAUCGUCAUGUUCCUCCGUAUCCGCAACCUGAUAUAUUGGUCGCCCACACGGCCCACGCGGGUCUACUUAACGCUCCCUAACAUCGUCACCGCUGUUGAGGUUGUUUAUUUAUGGUGGCAUACGGCGUCUUUUGCCUGUUGUGUGAAUCUAGUCGUGGAGGCCAGGGUCUGUGGUGAAGAUAUGACUAAGCGAGUUGACAUGGAUCUCAUGGCCGUGCCUGUGUUGAUCUUGUCGUGGGCCUUCUUCUUGUUGACCCUGCCGAUAUACAUGGUUAGAUGGUUUAUGAUGAGAUUGGUACCGGAAGGUCGGUGAUGAGGUGUCAAAGCAGGUUUAUGGUCUACAAUAUUGCGCAAUAAUCUUUUCUGAAUUUCUCACCAAGGCUAUCAAUAGUAUUUGACUUUCGAC